ACGUAUGCAAGGGUUCGAUAUAUUCGAUCAGAAACGAUAUCUCCCAGACUCCCCUUCAGUUCACUCUUUUCCUUUCUAGAAGAUAAUCUCUCUCUAACCCUCUCCUUUCUUUGAGCUCUCGAUCUUCCGGUUUGCUGUUUAGAUUGAAGCUUUGAAUUUGUGAGAAAUGGCUGCCGCCACUUUGAGCGCUGCUGAUGUCGAGAAGCUCAAUAACCUCAAAUCUGCUGUCGCUGGACUCAACCAAACCAGCGAGAAUGAGAAAACCGGGUUCAUCAACCUCGUCGCUCGCUAUCUCAGCGGUGAAGCGCAACAUGUGGAAUGGAGUAAGAUCCAGACCCCUACUGAUGAAGUAGUGGUUCCUUAUGAGAGCUUGGCACCCUCUCCGGAUGAUUCUGUGGAGACGAAGAAGCUGUUGGACAAACUUGUUGUGCUAAAGCUUAAUGGAGGUCUGGGGACAACAAUGGGUUGUACUGGGCCCAAGUCUGUCAUUGAAGUUCGGAACGGGAUGACAUUUCUUGACUUGAUUGUCAUCCAGAUUGAGAAUCUCAAUUCAAAGUAUGGGUGCAAUGUUCCAUUGCUUCUAAUGAAUUCAUUCAACACUCAUGAUGAUACAUUGAAGAUUGUGGAAAAAUACUCUAGCUCAAACAUUGAAAUUCAUACUUUUAAUCAGAGCCAGUAUCCUCGUCUUGUUCUUGAUGACUUUAGCCCACUGCCUAGCAAAGGACAGACCGGCAAGGAUGGAUGGUAUCCUCCUGGCCACGGUGAUGUCUUCCCAUCACUGAAGAACAGUGGCAAACUUGAUGCACUAUUAUCCCAGGGUAAGGAGUAUGUGUUUGUUGCCAACUCAGAUAAUUUGGGUGCCGUUGUUGACUUGAAAAUCUUAAAUCAUUUGGUCCGCAACCAGAAUGAAUAUUGUAUGGAAGUGACACCUAAAACCUUGGCCGAUGUGAAGGGUGGUACUCUCAUUUCAUAUGAAGGAAGAGUUCAGCUUCUGGAAAUAGCUCAGGUUCCUGAUGAACAUGUCAAUGAAUUCAAGUCAAUAGAGAAGUUCAAAAUUUUCAAUACAAAUAACUUGUGGGUUAACUUGAAAGCAAUUAAGAAGCUUGUGGAAGCUGAUGCAUUGAAGAUGGAGAUUAUACCAAACCCAAAGGAAGUGGAUGGAGUCAAAGUUCUUCAGCUGGAGACUGCUGCGGGUGCAGCAAUCAGGUUCUUUGAUAAUGCCAUUGGCAUCAAUGUACCCCGAUCUCGAUUCCUUCCAGUGAAGGCAACUUCAGAUUUGCUUCUUGUCCAGUCUGAUCUCUAUAUUUUCGAGAAUGGCUUUGUUAUCCGGAAUAAAGCCAGGACAAACCCUGCAAAUCCUUCUAUUGAAUUGGGUCCUGAAUUUAAGAAGGUUGGCAACUUCUUGAGUCGAUUUAAGUCUAUUCCCAGCAUCAUUGAGCUUGAUAGCCUUAAGGUGACUGGUGAUGUAUGGUUUGGUACUGGUGUUACUCUCAAGGGGAAAGUGAUAAUUGUGGCAAAACCUGGGGUGAAGUUAGAAAUACCUGAUGGAGCUGUACUUGAAAACAAGGAAAUCAAUGGCCCUGAGGAUCUCUAAGCAAAUUACUUUGAUCAGUAUUGGAUAGUAAAAUAUAAUCCACAAGAAGAUCUUUCUUUCUAUCGUAAUGCGCUGUGUAUUUUGAAAGGAAAAUAAAAGCACGGUUUUGGUUGUAGUUUGUUUCCAUAUGGAAGGCCUUUGGGCAGGUUAUCA